CUCUUUUUUUCCGUUCGUCUGUUAUUUCGUUUCGGCUCUUCCUUGGGCACGCAAGCUUUUCUUUACGGUACUCGUUCCAUACGGCACACGCUACACCACGUUGUUCCUGCGUUGUGAACACGAACAGUUGAUUUUAUUUUUGCCUUUGUGUUCAUCUUGAAACGAUUAUAAUGUCUGACGGUGAUUGGGAUGAUGAGCAAAGUUCUUCGAACCAAAGAGGUCGUGGUCGUGGUGGCGGUCGAGGUAGAGGAAACUUCAACAGAAAUAAUGAUUUUGAUUCUAAUUCACAUAGCGAUAGUUGGGGAAAUGGAGCUGGUAAUGAAUGGUCUGGUGAAAACGAUGGAGAACAUAAUGGUGGAUCUCGUGGUGGUCGUGGUGGACGAGGUGGUAGAGGAGGAAGAGGAGGAAGCAGAAAUUUUGAUAGAAACAAUGGCGAUGAGGAAUGUAAAGAUUUUGGCGAUGACCAGCAACCUCCAGUUUCUGAUAAACCUAGACCAACAUAUAUACCUCCGGAAAUUGAUGAAAAUGAUGAUUAUGGAAUAGGGGUUGGAAGCAAUUUUAAUAAAUAUGAAAAUAUUCAAGUAAAAGUUAUUGGUGAUUCUGUUCCCAAACACAUUGAAUCCUUUAAGAGUUCAGGUUUGCGUGAAGUAUUAAUAGAAAAAUUGGUUAAAUGUAAUUAUACAACGCCUACUCCAGUUCAGAAAUAUGCUAUUCCUAUUAUCAUUGAUGGACGAGAUAUGAUGGCUACUGCCCAAACUGGUUCUGGUAAAACUGCCGCAUUUGUUUUACCAAUUGUGCAUGCUUUACUAUCCAACCCACAAGAUUUAGUUUUUGAACGAGAUUACUGUGAACCUCAAUGUGUUAUUAUGUCACCAACCAGAGAAUUAGCUAUACAAAUUCGUGAUGUUGUAUUUAAAUUGACACAUGGAACUUGUAUUAAACUAUCAAUUCUUUAUGGCGGCACUGCAACAGGGCAUCAAAGAAAUACACUUGCUAAUGGUAUCCAUAUAUUAGUAGCUACACCUGGACGUUUGAAUGAUUUUGUGGGUCGAGGAUAUGUAUCAUUUAAAUCAUUAAGAUUCUUUGUGUUAGAUGAAGCAGAUAGAAUGUUGGACUUGGGCUUUAAACCAGAUAUUGAAAAAAUAUUGAAUCAUGAAACAAUGGUGGAUAUUAAUACCAGACAAACACUUUUAUUUUCUGCUACGUUGGCAGAUGAUAUUCAAAUGUUAUCAAAAGCCUAUUUAAAGCCGAACUAUGUCUUUGUCGCAGUAGGUGAAAUUGGAGGUGCUUGUAAAGAUGUUAAACAAGAAAUCAGAGAAGUCACAAAGUUUGAAAAAAAGAAAGAACUAAUUAAAGUUUUAGAAUCCUUAGGAGAUUGUCAAGGAACGAUGGUUUUUGUGGAACAGAAAAGAAAUGCUGACUUUAUCGCUGCAUUUUUAAGUGAAAAAGACUAUCCUACUACUAGUAUUCAUGGCGACCGUGAACAACCAGAGAGAGAACAAGCAUUAAGAGAUUUUAAGAACAAUAAAAUGAAAAUAUUAGUUGCUACUGCAGUUGCUGCUAGAGGCCUAGAUAUAAAAGGUGUUAAUUGUGUUAUAAAUUUUGAUAUGCCUAGCUCUAUUGAUGAGUAUGUGCAUCGAAUUGGCCGAACAGGAAGGUUGGGUAAUUCUGGUAGAGCUGUUUCAUUUUAUGACAGAAGCUCUGACAGUAGCUUAGUAACAGAACUUGUUAGGAUUCUAAAACAGGCUGAACAGGAAGUUCCAUCAUUUCUUGAUGGUGAAAGUGGUGAUUCCUAUGGUGGAAAUUCAUAUGGUGGAAGUAACAAUGCUACUAGUAAUGAUAGAAUGGCUACUACUACUAGACAAGCUGCUGACGAUGAAUGGUAAAUCAGAUAAGUUGAUUGGAUAAUUAUUUAUUUAAAUUACUUAAAAUAUGGACUGAUUGAAUUAUGUUAAUUGACUUUUUUAAGGUCCAUAAUUAUUUAAAUUUUUAUACAACUUAAUUGGUUUUA